GGUCUAUUUCUGCCGCUGAGAGUCGACGCCGCUGAGCCGGACUGUCGGGUAAAAACUCCUUCAUUCAUCUAAUCCUUCACUUCUGGGUCUUCUCCAGUCCACCGGGUUCUGGUGGGGGGUCAGAACGGUUCUGGUUCCACCGAUUCACUCAGGAUCCCCUUUGGAGCUCAGAGGGCCGAGCUGAGGCCUGUUCAGGCGUGAACGGAGGCCGGAAAGUCCAGGAGGUCCAGAACUAGAACCUGCCGGUCCAGAACGGACCCGGAACCGCCUGAAGGUUUCCCCCCCGACAGCUGACAGUCCCCUCCCCUCACCACCACAACCCCGCCCCCACCCUGAGUGCAGCCAUGGCGCUGUCGUCACGUUUGAAGCUGUGGGAGCAGAAGAUUCAGCAGGAGAAGAAGCCGGUGGCCACGUCCGUCCCGCCGCCGCCGCCGCUGUCCGUUCUGCCCGGCGGACUCCUCAAACAGCUCGUCCGGGAUUCAGAGAAGGAGACCAAACACAAGGAGCCGGAGGUGAAGGAGGAGAAAGCUCCACAGAAGCUGAGCGACAACCUGGUCCAGCAGUUCCUCCUCCCGGACCAGACCCCGCCCAUCCUGGAGGCGGAGAUGGCCCUGCGCGCCGAGAAGCUCGUCAGCGACGGCAAGCAGAGGAGGUGUAGCUCCGCCCAGUCGGACGGCCGGUCGUCCUCGGAGCGCCGCAUCCUGACCCCCGACUCCGACUGGAAACCAGAAACCCGGCAGACACAGACUCCCGAGCAGGAAGUGAAGGCGGAGCUGAAAAGUAGAAAGGCGCCGCAGGCGGAGCUAAAGAAGGAGAGGAUGGAGGAGGUGAAGAAGAAGAAGGAGGCGGUGGAGCAGAGGCAGGAGCCAGAGGGGAGGCAGGCGGACGAGACGGUAACAGAGAACAGCAGGAAGGAGGUGAAGGACGUUUGGUACGAAGCCGGAACCGUUUGGUUCGUCCACAAGGACGGCUUCACCCGAGCCACUCAGCUGAAGCCGGAUGAAGGCACGCCCGACCUGCCGCCGGGCCGCGUUCGAGUCCGCCUGGAGACGGAUGGAUCUCUACACGACGUCAGCGAGCUGGAGGUGGAGAAGUGUAACCCUCCCGAGUCUGACCUCUGUGACGACCUGAGCGACCUCCAGUGCGUCAAUGAGAGCGCCGUCCUGCACACGCUGACCAGCCGGGCCAAAGCCAACAUGCCGCUGACGCACGCCGGACCCAACCUGGUCAACCUGUGGCCCCCCCUCCAGAGCCCCAGCAAGGUGAGGUCAGACCGCCGCCGGGCGAGAGGCCCAGACUCACCGACGCCUCCUACCCAGACCCCAAAGUUACGGCGAGGAGACUCGGCGUGGGACGCGCCCCCCGCCCUGGCGGCGCUGGUCAAGCGGCUGUACAUCUCCAUGGUGGGCACCAGGAGGGAUCACUGCGUGUGCGCGCUGGGCCGCAGCGGGACGGGGAAGACGGCGGCGUGCCAGGCCUUCACGCUAGCGCUGCUCAAGCAGGCCGGGACGGCGGCCGGCAGCUUCAGCGCGGAGCGCGUCCAGGCCAUGUUCACCGUGCUGCGCUCCUUCGGCUGCGUGGGCUCGCAGCAGAGCGACGCCUCCUCCCGCUUCGCCAUGGUGUUCUCUCUGGACUUCAACCACGCCGGACAGGCGGCGGCCGGACACCUGCAGACCGUGAUGCUGGACAGGUGGAAGGUGUGUCAGAGGACGCCAGGAGAGAGCAACUUCCUGGUCUUCACGCAGAUGCUGGCGGGGCUGAGCACGGAGAUGAGGACAGAACUGCAGCUGCACCAGCUGCCCGGAUCCAACUCCUUUGGGAUUGUUCAUCCCACCAAGGUUGAGGAGAAACAGCGAGCUUCAGUCGGGUUCACCAAGCUGCUGGCUGCCAUGGAAACGCUGGGCUUCUCCUCCGGGGAGCAGAGGGCCAUCUGGCACGUUCUGGCUGGGAUUUACCAUCUGGGAGCUGCUGGGGCCUGUAAAGUGGGCAGAAGGCAGUUUCUAAACUUCGACAGCGCUCAGACGGCCAGCAGCGUGCUGGGCUGCGAGGGGGAGGAGCUUCACACCGCCGUCUUCAAGCAUCACCUGCGGCAGCUGCUGCAGAGAGCCACCGGGGGCAGCAGAGAGAAGACGGAGGUGGAGGAGGGUCCCCGUCUGACAGCUGUGCAGUGUGUGGAGGGAAUGGCUGCAGGACUGUAUGAGGAGCUGUUCACCGCCGUGGUGUCGCUCAUCAACAGAGCUCUGAGCAGCGAGACGCUGCCGCUGGCGUCCGUCAUGGUGGUGGAUUCUCCGGGUUUCAGGAACCCGCGACACUCGGGCGACGAGCGCGCCGCCGGCUGGGCGGAGCUCUGCCACAACUACCUGCAGGAGCGUCUGCUGGAGCGUUACCACCGCCACACCUUCACCCAGACGCUGGACAGAUACUCACAGGAGAAGGUUCAGGUGGACUUUGAGUCUCCAGAGAGCGGCCCGGCUGAGGUGGUUUCUGCCAUCGACCAGCCGCCUCCACAGGUCCGGACGGCAGACGGGGACUCCAGGGGUCUGCUGUGGGCUCUGGAUGAGGAGAUGGUGACGCCUGCUUCCUGUGAGAGCGCCGCCCUGGAGAGAGUCUGCCAGUACUACAGCAGCACCGUGCGUCAGUGCGAGCAGCCGCUGCAGUGUGAGGUGCGCCACCUGAUGGGCUGCGACCCGGUCCGGUACGACCUGACAGGGUGGUUCGGUCUGAUCCAGAACAACCCAUCGGCGCUGAACGCCGUCUGUCUGCUGCAGAACUCCACCGUAGGAGAGGUCAAGUCCAUGUUCACCCCCAGGAUGUCUCUGCCGCCCCUCUGUCGGGGUCUGGGGGGUCUGGACGGGGGGAACCAGCGCGCCCUGCAGAGGAACGGCACCAUCAGGAAGACGUUCAGCGGCGGGAUGGCGGCCAUCCGCCGACACUCCCACUGCAUCGCCGUGAAGCUGCAGGCCGACGCUCUGGAGAACGUCAUCCGCAGGGCCGCCCCUGUCUUCCUGCAGGGGGUCAGCGCCAAGAUGGACGGAGGGGGGUUCGACGUCCCCGCCCUCAGAGUGCAGCUGAACUCCACCCAGAUCCUGUCGGCGCUGCAGCUCUACCGCACAGGUUUUCCGGACCACAUGAGUCUGAGCGACUUCAGGUGUCACUUCCAGGCCCUCUCCCCCCCCAUCAUGAAGCGCUACGCCUCCAUGUUCGUCAGCCACGACGAGCGGAAGGCGGUGGAGGAGCUGCUGGUGGAGCUGGACGUGGACAGGAAGAGGAUGGCGGUGGGCUCCAGCAGGGUCUUCAUGAAGCGCGGCGUGCUGCGGGACCUGGAGCAGCGGCGCGACCAGCAGGUCACCGGAUGGCUGGUCCACCUGCAGGCCGCCUGCCUGGGACACCUGGCCCGUCAGAGAUACCGCAGACUGAAGGUGCAGCAGAUGGCGGUCCGCUGUCUCCAGAGGAACCUGCGGGUCCUGAGGACGGUGACGGCCUGGAGCUGGUGGAGACUCUUCUGCAGAGUGCGCCCUCUGCUGGACGUCAACAUGGACAACGAGAGGCUGAGGGCCAAAGAGGAUGAGAUUUCGGCUUUGAGGCGACGUUUGGAGAAAUCUGAGAAGGAGAGGAAUGAACUGAGGCAGACAGCAGACAGCCUGGAGACCAGGGUUACGGCUGUGACCUCUGAGCUGAGUGACGAGCGUUUCCGUGGCGACGCGGUGGGCCAGGCUCUGGACGUGGAGCGGGCCGAGAGGCUCCGACUCAGCAGGGAGAACAAAGAGCUGCAGACCCGUCUGGAUCAGUGUAAGGUUACCAUAGAAACCCUGGAGAGGACGCUGGAGGACGAGAGGCAGAAAGCACAGGUGGCCGCGGGGCAGAGAGAAGCUGCUACAGACAGCGAGCUGACCAUGCAGCUGGAGUGCUGCCAGACGGAGGUGGAGUUCGUCCGCAGGCGGCUGAAGCAGACGGAGGAAAAGCUGGAGGCGGAGCGACAGAGCAGACAGGAGCUCGAUGCCAAGGUGGCGGCGCUGCAGGCGCAGCUGGAGCAGUCCAGGCGGGGGGCGGUGGAGCUGAAACGCCACAGUCGGCGCGUGACCUCUGACCUGCAGGACGCCCGGGUCCUGACGGACAGUCUGCAGAGCCGCACGCACGAGCUGGAGCGCAAACAGAGGAGGUUCGAUUCCGAGCUGGCUCAAGCGCUGGAGGAGGCGGAGAACGAGCGGGAGCAGAAGGAGAAGGUUCUUCAGGAGAACGCCACUCUGGGGACGGAGAUCUUCAACCUGCGCCGCAGCCUGCAGGAGAGCCAGUCGGAGGCGUCCCGCCUGCAGAAGCAGAAGGAGGAGUUGUGCGCUCAGAUCCGGGACCUCAGCCUGCCGCUCCACCUCGCCACCGAUUCGCUGCCCGACCUGAAGAAGCAGCUCCGCCUCCUGGAGAGCCAGGCUGGCGAGCGGAUGGAGGAGAUGGCCAAACUCAGCGCUCAGAUCCAGCAGCAGCAGCAGGUCCACAUGCGCUUUGAGAUGGAGUUAGAAAGGAUGAAGCAGAUCCAUCAGAAGGAGCUGGAGGACAAGGAGGAGGAGCUGGAGGACGUCCACAAAUCCUCUCAGAGACGGCUCAGGCAGCUGGAGAUGCAGCUGGAGCAGGAGUACGAGGAGAAGCAGAUGGUGGUCCACGAGAAACACGACCUGGAGGGCCUCAUAGCCACUCUGUGUGAGCAGGUAGGACACAGAGAUUUCGACGUGGAGAAGAAGCUGAGGAGAGACCUGAAGAGGACUCGCGCUCUGCUGGCCGACUCGCAGCUGCUGCUCGCCGCCAUCGACAGCUCGGGCUCCAGCCAACCAAACGGGAGCAAGGAGCAGAUCGAGCGGCUGCACUACCAGCUGGAGGAGAGCGAGGCCAGGCGGCUGGAGGCCGAGAAGGUGCAGAAGAUGCUGUCGCAGGAGCUGGAGAACGCCCAGCUGGAACUGGAGAACCUCUGCAAGCAGAAGAGUCUGGUGGAUGAGCAGGUGACGCUGCUGCAGCACGAGAAGGCGGACCUCCUGAAGCGGGUGGAGGAGGACCAGGAGGACCUGAACGAGCUGAUGAAGAAGCACAAAGCUCUCAUCGCUCAGUCCUCCAGCGACAUCAGUCAGAUCAGGGAGCUGCAGGCGGAGCUGGAGGAGGUGAAGAAGCUCCGACACUCUCUGCAGGAGCAGCUGCAGCAGCGAGUGUCGAGGCUGCAGUUCCUGGAGGCGUCCACCGUGGGGCGCAGCAUCGUCAGCAAACAGGAAGCUCGCGUCUGCGACCUGGAGAACAAGCUGGAGUUCCAGAGAGGACAGGUCAAGAGGUUUGAGGUGCUGGUGCUGCGUUUGAGGGACAGUGUGGUCCGUUUGGGGGAGGAGCUGGAGCAGAGCGCCCAGGCCGAAGCCAGAGAGAAGGAGAACGCCCGAUACUGCCAGCAGAGGCUGCAGGAGAUGAGGGUGGAGAUGGAGGAGCUGAGCCAGAGGGAGCAGGAGAGCAGCCGGAGGAGGAUGGAGCUGGAGAUGCAGGUGGAGGAGCUGACCGCCGUCAGGCAGACGCUGCAGGCCGACCUGGAGACGUCCAUCCGCCGCAUCGUGGACCUGCAGGCCGCUCUGGAGGAGGUGGAGUCCAGCGACGACAGCGACUCUGAAAGCGUUCAGACCGCCGUGGAGUCCUUCAGCCGCAGGAAAGACCUCGACUCCGUGUCCAGCGUCGGCUCCGUCGGGACCGAGGACGUGGGGGAGGGGAUCCGGAGGUGGGCGGGAGGCUCGAGAGGAGGAUCCCGCGCCGGGGGCUCUCCGUACAGCAGCCAAGAUGGCCGUCAGUCCGUCACCGAUACCAUGAGCACCUACAGCUUCAGGUCUUGUGUGGAUCCGGACGAUGAGGGUUCUGAGCCCGGGGGGGUCGGCGCCCCACACCUCAGCCGGGCGCCGUCCUCCUCGGCCCUGUCCGAGCUGCUGGAUGGUCUUCGUAGACGGCGAGCGGCAGACGCGGCGGAUGGGGGGGGCAGCACCGUCUCUCUGCCCAUCUACCAGACCACGGGGGCCUCCACCCUCCGGCGGAGGUCUUCGGCGCUGUCCGUGGGGGCGGAGGACAUCCAGGAGCCGGUUCCCAGACCCGGCAUCCUCAAACCUUCCUCGCCCCUCCUGCCCCGCGCCGCCUCACGCUCCAGCGGCGAGGCAGACCCCAAACCCCCCCGCUUCAGCUCCAGCGAGGCCCCGCCCUCGCUCCCGGCGCUGCCCCGCCUCUCCUCACUGUCCUCCUCUCUUUUUCCACGGCGUCCUCCCUCGCUGUCCAUCCCGGAGGAGGACUCGGAGGACUCCACCCGCUCCACGCUCGCCCCCGCCCUCCGCUCCCCCCAGGCCCCCCGCCACAGGGGGCUGGCUCCUGCAGACGAGGGGGAGGGGCCUCUGGGCUCAGAGCCGCUAGUCUUCCAGAACCGCCGUCUGACCGGAGAUCGCGAGGACGCGGCGUCGGACAUCCUGCCCGCCAUCCGCAGGUCUCAGUCCACCAGCAGCCUGGCCAGCUCAGUGAGGGGGGGCCGCAGGGCGCUGAGCGUGCACUUCGGGGAGCUGCCCCCCUCCACGCGCAGUAGGAGGAGCUCCGACACCGAGUCGUCCAGCUCGGGGAGCUCGCAGGGCGGCGGGCCCAGGCGCCGCAGGGAGACCCCCCAGGGGGAGAGGCUGGAGGCGGAGGGCAGCGAGGGGGGGGACGUGGCGUCAGUCAUGAGGAAGUACCUGAAGAAGGAGGUCGACUGAAGCCCCCAGGCUCUCUGUUUCCGUCUCCAGCUGUGAUCCUCAAAGACGCCAGCCGAAGCCCCGCCCCUCGCUGCCUUUUCUAAUGUUUGUAUAUGAACACAAUAAACUGUUGUCUGUA